AUGGCAGAAGUCCUAUCAGGAUCUCAUGAGCACCAUCUGAGCUCUGCCUUAGAUGGACACUAUGACGAGAAGAGGAAAUCCAAUGUGGAAUACUCAGAGGAUGAAAAGAAAGCCAAGAUCGCGUCUCUGAAAAAGAAGGCUAUGAGCGCCUCACAGAAGUUUAGGCAUUCCAUGAAGAGGGGGAGGAAGAGCAGCAAGGUCAUGUCCAUCUCAAUUUUGGAUGACCGUGAACCUGAGGAGGUGCAGGCUGUGGAUGCCUUCCGCCAGCUUCUUGUACUUGAAGAGCUCCUACCAUCACAGCAUGAUGACUACCACAUGAUGCUAAGAUUUCUGAAGGCAAGGAAGUUUGAUAUCGAGAAGGCAAAGCAAAUGUGGUAUGAUAUGCUCAAGUGGAGAAAGGAGUUUGGUGCAGAUACCAUUCUCGAGGAAUUCGAAUUCGAAGAAGCAGAUAAGGUGGCAGAAUGCUACCCUCAAGGUUACCAUGGGGUUGAUAAGGAAGGCAGGCCUGUCUACAUUGAACGGCUUGGACACAUCGAUGUGAAUAGGCUAAUGCAGGUCACUACAAUGGAUCGCUUUGUCAAGAACCAUGUCAAGGAGUUUGAGAAGAACUUUGCUGUCAAGUUCCCAGCUUGCUCAAUCGCUGCGAAGCGCCAUAUUGAUCAGAGCACAACAAUUCUUGAUGUGCAAGGAGUGGGGAUGAAGCAAUUCAACAAAGCUGCAAGGGACCUCAUUGGUAUGCUUCAGAAGAUUGAUGGUGACAACUAUCCAGAGACCCUGUGCCGGAUGUUCAUCAUUAAUGCAGGCCAGGGAUUCCGGCUUCUAUGGGGCACAGUGAAGAGCUUUCUUGACCCAAAGACCACUGCAAAGAUUCAUGUUCUGGGCAACAAGUAUCAGAGCAAGCUUCUUGAGGUGAUUGAUGCUAGUGAGUUGCCAGAAAUUUUUGGUGGAACUUGCCAGUGUGAAGGUGGUUGCAUGAAGGCUGACAAAGGCCCUUGGAAGGAUCCCGAAAUCAUGAAGAUGGUUCAAAGUGGUGCUGGGAGGUGUGGAUCACACAGUAUGUCCUCUUUUGAGGCUGAGGAGAAAAUGAUUUGUGAAGAUGACAUGUAUCCUAAGAAACAAGCUUUAUUCGAUGGGGAAACACAAUUAGCUGGAGAUGGUCAGCGUUCUCAGUCACAGAAAAUUUCCCGCAGCCGAAUUGAACAUCCUCAGUUGUCACCUGUUCACGAGGAACUUAUCCCCACUUCACAUCCUACCCCUGGAUCACCCUAUUCUUGUGAUGUCCCAAUGGUUGAAAAGGCCAUACACGCUAUCUGCAAGAGCCCGGGGACACCACCAGAUGAGAAGAUUGCCAUCACCAAAGCUAUUAUAAAUGCCUCUAAUGGAUCCAAGCCCCCACUCUAUGCUGGCAUCAUAGCACUUGUGAUGAGCAUUGCAGCCAUGGUCCGUGUGACCCGCAACAUGCCUGGGAAGGUACUUGGCGCUGCCAUAGGUGGAGCUAAGCCUACUACCCUCUCAGAAAGUAAAUCAAAAAUACAAGAGUGGCAGCGAUCCAAGCUAUCAGAAGAGGCUGUCAAGGAAGCUGAAGAUGCCGUCUCUGCAAAGUGCCUCGCCGAGCUUGAGGAGAAGGUCCUUGCACUCCUGACAAAACCUGCGUCAAUGCCUGUUGAUAAGGAGGAGAUUCUGCAGGCUGCUGUCAUCCGCGUUAGUGCACUGGAAGAGGAGCUUGCAGCUACAAAGAAGACCUUGCAGGAGACUCUUGAGCGUCAAAUGGAGAUCGUUGCAUACAUUGAGAAGAAAAAGAAGAAAAGCAAGCGUUUGUUUCGUUGGUAG